AGAUAGCGUCCAUGGUAGUCCAUGGCGUGUAGCACGUGGAAUUGCGUGGAAUUAGUAGACCGUAAUUUUUAGGUUAAUCGUAACGGAAUUAUCGAAUACAUUUUAUUUACUCAACUUUAUUUAUAUCGUACAAUAUAAAUCUUCGUAGAUUUAAUACGAAAUAUCACGGAAAUGGUCGUGUUUACUUGUAACAAUUGCGGUGAAACGUUACAAAAGCCAAAAGUAGCAAAACACUAUGAAUUUCAGUGUCGCACCGCGCCUUUUUUAACAUGCGUCGACUGUUUCAAAGAUUUUCGAGGAGAGGAAUAUAUAGCUCACACAAAAUGUAUAACAGAGGCUCAACGAUACGGAGGAAAAGAUUAUGUUCCAAAAGCAGGAACAAAUAAGGGCGAACGAAAACAACAAGAAUGGAUCAAUAUUGUAAAUAAUAUACUGAAUAGCAAGGUAAAUUUGUCGAAUGCGGAACGAAGUUUUUUAAAUACGUUGUCGAAAUACGAGAAUAUUCCACGAAAGAAAGGGAAGUUUUUAAACUUUGUAAAGAAUGCUUUGGGUCACAAAACAAAUCCAGAAGUAGUUGAGAAAGUUUGGAAUAUAAUGGAAACUGCUUAUAAAAACAAUUUACAAGCUACACCAGAAAAGCAGGAACAGGAAAAUGGGAAAAUAGAUCGUAAGGCAGAUGAUGAAAAAGAUAUAAUUGAAAAUCAGGAAAAUAGUGUUAUUGAAAACCAAAAUAAUGAAAACAUAUGCAAAGAAAAUCAAACUGAAGGUGAACAAAAUGGAAUCAAUGAAUCUCAUACCACUGAUAAUGGUAUAGCUAAUAAUGUUAGUAAAAAGAAAAAAUCAAAGAAGAGAAUGUUAUCUGAAACAGUGGAGGAAAAAAUUGUAGAACCUAUUUCCAAUAAGAAAAGUGAAAGUGUAGUCAAAGAACAGCUGGAAGAAUCGAUUCCUAAAAAGAAAAGUAAAAGUACUGUACUCUCUGAGUCAUCAAAUAAUCAAUGUGAUAAUACCACAGAAAAGUCAACCUUUGAUUGGAAAGGUGCCAUCUUGGAUGUGGUUCGAAGUAAGGGAGAAAUUUCACUAAAAAGAUUACAAAAAAAAGUCAUUUCGCGAUACAUGAAUUUUUGUUCGAAUACAGUGACAAAUGAAAAAGCAUCCACCAAAUUUAAUAAAAAAUUAAAGAAAGUAUCAGAAAUAGUCAUUUCUGAUGAGAAAGUGAAACUAGUAUAGAAGACAUAAAUUAUUUUGACUUAAUUUUUCAUAGAAAAUGUAAUAAAAAUCAUUGACUAUUGUUAAUAGUAUUACUGAAUUUAGUUACUUCAACAAGAAGUAAGGACAAUCUUUCAUUGUGCACAGAAGUGAAGUAAAAUUUACUUUAAGAAAAAUUUAUUUUUUUUUUGUCUCUUUUGGUAAAAAGGAUUGAUAAAAAUUUAACAAUAUCAUAGAGUAUAAAAUUAAGAAUGUGUUGAUAACAACAAACAGUAUAAUGGUAAUUAGUCUACAGUAUAAAAUUGUUGUACAGAACACAUUUACUGAGGAACAUUCAAUUAAAAACAAAAACUUCGUAUAAGGAUUCGUAAAUAAAAGUUUUAAAUUAUU